AUGAAAUUCUCUCCCAAACCUGCUUUUUUCUUCGUCCUUACUCUCCGUGAUGAUGUUUCUCUUCACUCUUUACUCUCCAACUUUCCUUCGUUCAUGGAUCUUGCGCUCUAUAUGUUACUAUUCUCUCUUUCUAACAUUUCUUUCUUUCCUACCCUUUUUCCUACUUGUUUAUUUUCAAAAUAUUUAUUUCCAUUCAAUUUACGUGGUUUCUUUAACUCUGCUGACUUUCCCUUCUUUAUUUUGUGCAUUUUAGUGUUCUCCCAAUUCCUCUUACUCUUCACUCUUACUCUCCAUUCUCACAAUGUUUUUCUUUGGAUUCAUGCACAUUUGCGUUUAAUGCACAUCCAUUGUUUACUUCUCUCUCUCCUUCUUGUAUAUAUUAAUAAUUCUCUCCCUCUCUUUCUCUCUCUUUCUCUUUCUCUCUACUUUUUAACACCUUAUUCUUCCACUUUCUUUCUUUCCCUUCCUUUCUUUCUCUUUCUUUCUUUCUUUCCUUCUUUCUUUCUUUCAUUCAUUCUUUCUUCUUUUUUCUUUCUGUUUUGUCUCUCUCCCUAUUCUUUCUUUCUUACAUAUUUCUUUCUUUUCUUUCUAUCUUUCAUUAUUUCUUUCUUCCUCUCUCUUUACUUUUCUUUUUUUUUUCUCCCUUUCUUUGUUUCUUUCUUUUUUUCUUUCUUUCUUUCUCGCGUUCCCUCUGUUCAACACUCUUUUCUUUGCUUAUCCAUAUCUAAGAUAAGAUACUCUUGUUUGCUUUCUUUGGGAUUUGUUCUUUUGUAUUUCUUUCUUUUUGCUUUCUCAGUGGUUUUCUUUCUUUAUUUAUUUCUUUAUAGCACCUUUCUCUCCUGUUCCACUUCAUUUUCUCCUUUUCGUUUUUCUUCCUUUUCUUUUUUUGGCGGUUUAUCUCUUUCUUUUUCAGGUCGCCUUUCUUUCUCUCUUUAUUUGGUUUAUACAAUUUCUUCUAUUCUUAGUUCCCUUUCGUUUUAUUUUUUUUAUUCAUGUCCCUCUUCUCUGUAUUGUCUUUUGUUUGUUUUUCUCUUUUGUUUUCUUUCUUAUUAUUCUACCUGCAUCUCUCAAUGCAUUUUUAUCUCUUUAUCUUAUUUCAACACAUCUCUCUCUCUCUCUCUCUCUCUCUCUCUCUCUCUCUCUCUCUCUUUCCCUCCUUACUCUUCUAUCUUAGCGUUCUUAUUUAUCAUUUUCUUUCUCUUAUCCUUUGUUUAUUCCCCCCCCAUAUUCCCACCUUUCUUCCUUUUUAACUGUUCAAUUUUUCUUUCUCUCUUCUUUCUCCGUUUAUAUUUUUUCCAUUUUAUUAGUUUCCCUUUGCAUUUCGGCACUAUUAGAUUUUCUUUUAAUUUUCUUCUAUUCCUUCUCGCUUUCAUCCUCCUUGAUUUUUUAGUGUAUCAUAUUUCUACUCUUAUAUUUUUUGUUUAUCAAAUUUCCUUCCUAUUCUUUCUUUCUUUUAUUCUCAUAAUUAUAUAUCUUGACAUUUUAUCUUUCUUUUCGUGUACAUUCUUUUUAAUAUUUUCUCCGUCUUUCUUUGUAAGAUUCGUUUUUGUCACUUUUCUUUCUUUGAGUUUUUAUUUCUUCUUUCCAUUUUUUAUCUUUUUUAUUCUUCUUUUUUAUUUUUUCUUCUUCAUUUCUUUUUUGUAUUCUUUUCUUUCUUUUUUGUAUUCUUUUCUUUCUUUCCUUUCUUUUUCUUUCUUUCUUUUCCCAUCGCUCAGAUUGAUGAAACCACUCUAG